AAGCACUAUGUCGUUGGGGAAAGUAGGCGGAUGAUGUUGUCCCGCGGCCGAGCGAAGUGUUCUUUUGACGUCUCUCUUCUCUUUUCUACUCUUCACUCUUCACUUACCUAUUUCCUUGUCUCUUCAUCCUAUCUAUAUGGUGGCGCGAUGACAACCUGAAACAUCGGGCUCAUUGCUCUACUACACCUCAACUGUCGUUAAUACUUGCUCUCUUGGCCCCUCUCGCUCGUUUCCAAACUCGCCGUCAUGCACUUCGAUCGCCAGUUGCUCUAUCUGGCCUUUACCUUCUGCAUUGCACGAAGUACCGCCCUGCCAGCUGAGGAACUCCCUUCGCCACCCUCCACCCCGAACCCAUCGGCCACCAAAUCCUCGCCUCACGAGCUCCGGCAAGUUCUUGCCACCACAGCGACGCAGAAUGCGCUCUCCGUUCUCGAAGGCGCUCUUCCAAGCAGCAUCGAUUCUGCAUUAAACUCCGAUGCCAGCUCUUUCUUGGCCACCUUUCUGCAUCCAGCCUCGUCCGCGGCAGCAUUCAGCCAUUCCUCUUUCACACCUUCCUCCAAUCCUACCGAUACCUUCUCCUCAACGCCCGCCUCGCGGUCUUCCACUGUCGCCACAACAUCUUCGAGCGCAACGCCUUCCUCCUCCUCGACAACCACCACACCAGCGAUAAUACCCCACACAACCCAAACCCUACAAUCCACCACUCGGCAACAUGCGCCAUCCACCACAUCAACAUCCGCAACAACCAGCACCACAGCUCCCGCGCAAACCACCAACGCCCCACCGCACUCCGCCCCCUCCCACCCAAUCUCCAACGCAGCCGUAGCAGGCAUAGCCUCCAGCGCCUCCGCAGCAGCCAUCGUCCUCCUCCUCGCCGCCCUCUACCUCACCCGCCGCCACAAGCAAGGCAAACCCCUCCUCCCCUUCGCCCUCGCCAUCCCCUUCCUCAACCGCAGCGCCUCGAAACGUAGCGCCGCCAGCUCAGACAUCUACCCCAAAUCCGCCUGGCUCUACGACCCCGUCAUCACCCCGCCAAACCACAGCCGCCGCGGCUCCGAAGUCGAGCAAAAUCUGCUCUCACUAGACAGCAGCGGGAGGCAUUCCGCGUUUUUGCCCCGGCAUUCGCGCGGCCAUUCUGCGGAUGCGGAGCUGGAGGCCGAUAUGGGGUUCUACGAGGCGGAUUUGGGCAUGCCUAGUCCGAGCUUUCGAGGCGGGGCGGAGAGGUCGCAGAGUCCGACGCCGUUUUUGCCGGAGAUACACGUUUCGAUGGAUCAGGAGGGGUUGCUGGGGAGUUAUAACAAUCCUGCAUAUUUUGGAGGGGGAGGCCGGAGAGGCAGGCCGAUGAUGGACGAUAUCUCAGAAGAUGAGGAGUAGGGAGCGAUACUCGCAUAUGGAAUCACGAUGUAUGAUGUGAGGAUAGCGACUACAACGGAUGGAGAUAGAUUGGUGGAUUGCCUUUCGAGCGUGGCGUUGGUUUGGGGCUGGUUGAGAUACCCUCGGGAAUUUGUGACGGUGAUUGGAAGGGGCAGACUGCACAACGAGCUGAAUGAGAGAUCUGCUCGUUCUACGACGGGGAAUGACACAUAAUCGAAUCGCAUUUGGAU